AUGUCUCACCCAAACGCAGACAUCGUAAUCAGCGCGUUCAAUGGUGCCUUGGCUGUUCGCGAUUUUCCACAUACUCAACGAGCCUUUGCAUUCGAAGUAACUUUCUUUCUGGAAAGCCUAGGGUCUGGCAGGGGAACGGGAUCCCAGAAGCCACCUUCACAUUUUCAUCCUUACCAAGAAGAAUAUGUUGAAGUCCUGGAAGGGAAUUUGAUGGUCGAAGUCGACGGGCGAGAGUAUCUGUUGAGUCCCGGCGAUGCACAGGACACGCCCAUGGCUUAUAAGCUCGAUGCUAUCUUUUUCCAGAACUGGUACGGUUAUCUUGAUGAGAUUGCGCUAACGGGGGAGAAGAUGAAUCUCAUUCAAACUAUGUGUAUGUUUGAUGCAGGGGGGACAUAUUUAUCACUCCCACGGUGGAUACCCCUAAAUAAAUGGAUUGCAUGGGCACUUGGCAUAGCGAUGGGAAGAUGGCUGGGCGGCAUUCUAGGGUAUCAGCCGUUUUAUCGAAAGUGGACGACAGACUGGCAAUUGGCUUGCUGGAAAAUGCCCUCUUCCAUCAUUCAGAGAAGGUUCAUAGAUACUACAAGGGAAAACUGA